GCAUGCGAACGAGCAUGACAUGAUCAGCCGCUGAGCUCAUCAUCGCUCGAGAUCACGGCCUAAUUAGCGAGUUAUGGCGUGCCACAUGGCAUCUGGCACGCGAACCAAGAAAAGUCUCUCUCUCCUCUCCUCUCUUCUUCAUCAACACACACUGGUUGACCAACCAGCUAGCUGAUCGAGUUCGUUGUUUACCAUCCUAUUAAUACCCCUUCCUCUCUCUCUUCUCCCCUCCUGAAUUUCUCUCUUGGUAGAGGUAGAAUUGAUCUCCUUUCUUGUUCUUCUUCGAGUUCUUCUUAAUUGGAGUUCUUGGAGCAGCAUCGGUAGUCGUCGUCUUCGUCGAUCCAGCAUCUCAAGGAAUUCGAGGAGGAGGGGGUGGGCAUGAGCGGGAUGAAUUCGCUGAGCAUGGUGGAGGCGAGGCUGCCGCCGGGGUUCAGGUUCCACCCGCGAGACGACGAGCUCGUGCUGGACUACCUGGAAAGGAAGCUCCUCGACGGCGGCGUGGGCGGCGCCGCGGCGGCGGCGGCGGCGGUCACCAUCUACGGCUGCCCGGUGAUGGUCGACGUCGAUCUCAACAAGUGCGAGCCAUGGGACCUUCCUGAGAUCGCUUGCGUUGGUGGCAAGGAGUGGUACUUCUAUAGCCUUAGGGAUAGGAAGUAUGCAACUGGCCAACGAACAAAUAGAGCAACCGAAUCGGGCUACUGGAAGGCCACAGGAAAAGAUCGCCCAAUAAGCCGGAAAGGAUUGCUCGUCGGUAUGCGAAAAACCCUGGUGUUCUACAAAGGUAGAGCCCCUAAGGGGAAGAAGACCGAGUGGGUCAUGCAUGAAUUCCGCAAAGAAGGACAAGGGGAUCCGAUGAAGUUGCCUCUCAAGGAGGACUGGGUCUUGUGUAGAGUCUUCUACAAGAGUAGGACAACCAUUGCCAAGCUGCCAACGGAGGGUAGCUACAACAAUAUUGACAGUGUGGCCACAACUUCACUGCCUCCCCUCACUGACAACUACAUUGCAUUUGAUCAGCCUGGUUCAAUGCAAAACCUAGAGGGUUAUGAGCAAGUGCCCUGCUUCUCCAAUAAUCCCUCUCAACAGCCAUCGUCGUCGAUGAAUGUUCCGUUGACAUCGGCCAUGGUUGAUCAAGAGCAAAACAAUAUGGGUAGGGCGAUCAAGGAUGUGCUGAGCCAAUUCACCAAGUUUGAAGGCAAUGUGAAGAGGGAGGCCCUUCAAAGUAAUUUUUCCCAGGAUGGAUUUGAUUACUUGGCUGAGAGUGGCUUCACACAAAUGUGGAACUCACUCAGUUGAUUUAAUUUCGAAGGAGAUAUAUAUUGAUUGUUGCGAAUUGAGGAGGAAACUCUUAAAGUGUGCUUAUGUGCUAUUGCAUGUAAUUGUGAUAUAGACGUAUAGUACCAUUCUAGUUCACAUUAUUUGCAAAAAAAAAGGGGUGAUCAAAAGAGAUAUUAUCAUCAUCAAUGAUGUAAAUACAUUAUUUGUGUACUAGGGUGUGAUAAAAAAAAUUAGUGCAUGAUGCUAAAAUUAAUGGUAUAUAUCAAUAGAGCUAGAAUCUUCUUUUA